UUUAUCUACAACUACAACUACUGCGGCACAGGAUUCUUUGAGGAAAUGGUGUUUUCCGAGCGGUCAACUUUGUCCAACUCAAUUCUCUUGCUAAACCCAGUCCAUGACUUCGCAUUCUUCAGCCAAUUUCUGCUCUCUUCCAAUUCCUCCGCUCCAAUCGGGUUUCUCUCUCUCAUCUCGCCUUCUCUCUUGAUGUUUCUCUCUUUUUUAUGUCGGCUACUGCCCUGCAAUUCGUUGAUUCGCCGCCGGAAGAUUCUUUUGCUGCUCUUUUUGUGUGAUCGGAACUUGAAUUCGUUGGGCUCUGAGUUUUAGGCGAUUCGGUGAAGUGGGUUUGGAUCGUCUGCGUGUUCGGUGUGGAAUUCGGCGCAAUUUUGGGAGUUGCUUUGGGGAAUUGCUGCUGUUGCGAUAUCGCCUUUCGUCCCCUUUGAUGAGUAUGGACUGAUCUUGGUAGGGUUUGGGUGAAUUUUGAUGGGAUUUUGCUGGCAGUAAGAGAAAUAAACGCUUUCUGUAUAGUAUUGGACGCUAUUCGAAGUCAUAAGUUGUGGUUACAAUACGAUUCUGGACUUGCUUGUUGGAGUUUGGGCAUAAACUGGGACCGGAUUACAGAUAGUUUUUACUUUCGGGUUUCUGUCGACUUGAUGAUCAGGAUGGAAUAAAUUGAUUAAAUUGUCUCAUCGCUUUCUCGGUGUUUGGUUUUCAAAGAUGGCUUUUCUUCUUGUUAUUUCAUCGAUAGUGGCUUCCGUUAUGGGCAUGUUGUUGGUGCAAUCGCCCAGAGUAUUGGCUUCUGAGUUUAUGAUGGAAUCGGGGGUUUCAACAAGUGUCUAUCAGAUUCCCUAUCCAGUUUCUGAUGGUUGUGAACGUUAUUUCGUGAAUGGGAUCUCAAUGGACAGAACUUUGUUCUGUAAGGUGCUGCAGUUUUUCCAUGGAUAUCCUUGCAUAUUUGAGAAUUCUGGGGGCAGUGAUGGUUGCCAUUGGGAUAAUUCAUUCACUGGUCUGUCGGUCAAAGCAUCAAGGAAACUGUUAAAAGAAGAACAGAAGGAGGAAUACCCUAACCUUAAAGACGGUCAGAAUCAUGAUCGGAUAGCAAAAGAGGAUAAAAAAUCUUUUGCAUCCCCAAAAAAUAUUGGAAUUGUUUUAACUGGAACCUUCGUUUUAUGCUGUGGCGUCCUCUGUCCUUGUUUUUAUAGAAAGAGGAGACGCACUGUUCAAAAAGCUUUAGUCAAAGAACAACAAUCGGUGCAUUCAAGCUCCAUUGAAGUGAUGAGCUCUGCUCCUGAAAAGAUUCCACCAAGUCCACUUCGUGUACCACCUAGUCCUAGAUAUUCUCCAUCUCCUAAACUAAAACGGCUUGGAUCAGUUCAUCUCAAUAUGAGUCAAGUUGUAAGAGCGACUCGUGAUUUCUCACCAUCUCUACGCAUAGGUGAAGGAGGUUUUGGAACUGUCUACAAAGCUCAGCUGGAAGAUGGGCACAUAGUUGCCGUUAAACGUGCUAAAAAGGAAAUCUUUGAGAAUUCACGAACUGAUUUCAGCAGUGAAGUAGAAUUACUGGCCAAAAUUGAUCAUCGCAGUCUGGUUAAGCUGUUAGGUUAUGUUGACCAUGGAAAUGAACGCAUUAUCAUUACGGAAUAUGUAGGAAAUGGUACUCUUAGAGAACACUUGGAUGGUGUGCAUGGAAAAGUAUUGGAUUUUAAUCAGAGACUUGAAAUUGCCAUUGACAUUGCUCAUGGACUAACUUAUCUCCAUCUAUAUGCAGAGAAACAAAUUAUUCAUAGAGAUGUCAAAUCGACCAACAUUCUUCUUACUGAAAGCAUGAGAGCGAAGGUGGCGGAUUUUGGAUUUGCAAGGCUUGGCACAUUGGGUACUGAACAAACGCACAUUUCAACCCAGGUGAAAGGAACAGUUGGUUACCUAGACCCGGAGUAUAUGAAGACUUACCAACUUACUACUAAGAGUGAUGUCUACUCAUUCGGGAUUUUACUCGUCGAAAUUCUAACCGGACGGCGUCCGUUGGAAGCAAAGAGGCCUCCUGAGGAGCGGGUCACAAUAAGAUGGGCUUUCACCAAGUAUAGUGAUGACAAAAUACUGGAAACGUUAGAUCCUUUACUGGACGAAACUGUGGACGUGGAGAUUGUCGUCAAAAUGUUUGAGUUGGCAAUUCAAUGUGCAGCACCAGUACGAGCGGACCGUCCAGACAUGAAGUUAGUUGGGGAGCAGUUGUGGGCAAUAAGAGCAGAUUACAUAUCACAGAAGAAGGAUAAGGCAAGAUUUCCAUGAAGAGGUGUGUUGUGUUUGAAACUCAAACUCCAAACUCCAUAGUUGAUCAAGCAUAGUGUGAUUUCAUUAGUUUACCAUGUCAUUACUCAUUAGAAGUUCACCUCCACCAGAGUUUAACUCGUCUAUAAAUUUAUAGUUUCUUUUUUUCCUUGGUUUUUCUCCCUGUUUAUUUUUAUUUUUAUUUUUUUAAAUUCCCCCUCAGUUACCCUGUUUUUAGUUUAAAAUUUUUGUUUACGAUUUAAAUCUUUCUAAAACCCCUUUGUACUAUUGUGUAAAGAAAGUUAAUUUGUCUCAAUUUGACGGUAUAAGUUUAUGGUCUUA